CAGUCAGACUUCUCUCUGCUAUUAUUGAAAAUAAACUGUCUUAUUGUUGAUGACGCGUCCCGUGUGUUCAACAAAAUUUGUAUUUCUAAUCUCUUACAUUGUUAUCUUGCCAAGCGCCAGAUAGGAGCAGGGUUGAAGACGCCUUUCUACUCCAUAGCCAGUUGGAGUAACCUAACCAAAAAGAAGUUAUCUUGCCAAUUAUUGCAGUAGAGAAUCUGUAUAAUCUAGGCGAAAUGACGGAAGAAGCUACUGAAAUUGAUUGUACACUACGACCAAUAAAUUGCGAAAUUAAUUUACUAUCAAGGUCUGAUGGCUCUACAAUGUUUAUGCAAGGUGAUACAACAAUUAUCGCAGGUGUAAAUGGACCCUUAGAAGCGAGAAGCCAAAAAAUGGCAUAUGACAGAGUUUCUAUCGAAGUUACACAUACGCCUCUUAAAGGACCAGCGAAGGUGGAUGACAGACUAAUUGAAACAUAUAUAAAAGAGACUUGUGAAUCUGCUAUAUUAGUUUCAUUUCAUCCUAAUACUAUGGUGUGCAUCAAUCUGCAAGAGAUGCAAGAUUCUGGUGGGUUACUAGCUUGUGCUAUUAAUGCAGCGUGUUUGGCACUAAUUAAUUCUGGACUUUCCAUGAAAUACACGGUUGCAGCUGUGAGUUGCAUGAUAGAAAAAGAAGCAGGAGAAGUAAUCAUGGAUCCAGACAGCUCACAAUUAAAAAAUGCAAAAGCGGAAUUUACGUUUGCAUUUGACAGUAUUAACAAAGAUAUCGUAUGCUGUCAUAGCAUUGGCCGAUUUUCUCAAACCGAGUUCUUGGCUUCUAUGGAUAAGUGCAGACAAGUCAGUAAAUAUGUGUUUGAUUAUUAUAGGGAAGUAACAAAAAAGUAUGCAAAUGUAAUAUAACAUUACAAUAUUAUUUUGUUUUUAAAUAAACCUUUUUUUUAUUUUC